AUGCGCAUCGCAAGAGCCCUCAAGGCUAGAGCCCUCGAAGAACCACGACUUCUGACCACGCUUUGUCGACACGGGGUGUACCGUUGGGCAAAGCGGCUCAUCGCAGCCCGGGAUCCACAACAGGCUGGCUGCUUCGGGCCAGCGCUGGCACAGGAGAAGGCGGUCCCCAACGAGGACCUCCUCCGUGAAGCCACGUCUCUUUGCGAAGAGCUGGCCAGCCUUGCUUCCGUGGGCCCACUGACGAAGCCACGGGCGCUGUCAGGAGCUGUUCGCCUCCUGGACCAAGCCAGUGCUGGCAGUGACGCACGGGUCAUGAAGCAGGCCCUUCAGGCAGUUCGAGACCUGCUGUUCGGAGCUGGCUGCGACAAGUGCACGGCCUUUGAAAUGGAGUCCGUCAACUUCGCAGGUCGGCUCUUGCGGCUCCUUCAAGGCUCAGGAAAGCUCCAGCAAGACCGCUGGGCGAUCUUUGAGGAAGUCUUCCAGCUCCGAGAGCCCAAGGCUCCGAAGGCAGCGAUGCGACGCCUUCUGGAGGUGUUACAAGCCAUGGUUUGCACCGCGGAAUGCUUCCCUAUAUGGCGCUACAAGCGAGAUCGAGGCUUAAAGGCGCUUACGGAGCCUGUACAGCUUCGCCUGGAGCACUGGCAGCGUGCUUCCAAGGAGCCCUCGCAAAAGGGCCGCUCGGGUCGGGAUGUCGUCUCGGUCAUGGUGGAGCCACUGGUCUCGCUGAGUGAGAUCCUCCGCUACCUGCUCCGAGUCACUCCCGUAGUCACGGAGGAGUACCUGACAUUCUGUCACACACUCGUGGGCUGUUCUCUCAGAGACACAGCGUCUGGAGAGGUGGUCAAGGUGUUGUCUUUCGAGCUUCUGCUCACCGACUGUCCUGUGCCUAUUCACACCGUGCAAUGCGCGGCCGGAGAGACACAGCGGCUUCUUCUUGCACUGCGUGACUACGAGUACGCAGUUUCGGAGGGCCGCUGCCCGGCUGCGGAGUUCAGAGCCUCGUUAUCUGCCCUCCACGCCAUUGGAGGCAGCCACCAGUACGCCAAGCUGCUGGACGAGCUUGACGAACAUUUGAGAACGGGAAACGUCGAGCCCAGCGAGGAGUCCCCCGAUCGCGAGGUGCGGAGGCGGAGCAGAGACAUCCGGCGAGGCCGGCCUCUCUGCACCUCGGACUCGGAGGAGGACGGCGGAACGACCAGCAGCAGCAGUUCAGGUGCAGAAGUACGUCGUCGAGGCACCAAGAGAUGUGCUGAGGCUGCUGCAAAGAACGACAGCAUAGCAGGGGAAGCCUUCAAGCGAGCUGUUCACGCCGCUCAGGCCUGCGACCAGGCGACCGAGGUGCUGCACACAGAGCGUCGACGCGUGGCGCAGGCCAUGCUGGCGCUGAAUGUAGGAGACAUGCCUGGGAUGUCCAGCGUAGACCCGGUCUCCCGCGCCCAGGUCCACUCGGUAACACUGGCCGUCCCGGAAGAGAUCCCCUUGGACGUGUUUUGGCCAAUGGUGCAAGAGGACAUCAUGGGCGCUGUGCAGGAGUACGGCUGCUGCUGUGCUGGUAUCACUGUACCGAGUUCUAUCCGCGUGGCGUGCCCCCACAGGAUCACGCUCGGUGUGAUUACACUUAUCAACUUUCUGGUGACGAUUACGCUCGUGGUUCGAUGGGGAAUCAAGGACGCGCGCUUGAGCCAUGAAAUGUGCGAACAGGAUCAGAGGCCUUUGGUCCCCUACUCGAUCGAUCUGGUUCGAGGGAUCGUUUACAUCCCCGCUGCAAUUUCGUCGGUGGCCUUCGUGGUCAUGCUGCGACCAGCCACUGCCUAUACCCUUGAGCUUUGCAUGGCGAUCCUUUCGUGCGUAGUGGUUGGAAACAUGACCAGAUACUUUCUUGUGAUUUUGGGGGAGCCUCCGCUUCCAGCAGAGUUACUCAACAGGGUCCCGAAGAGGCGCUGGUGGUGCGGAACUGCAUGCGGCGGUGUGAAUGACACGCUGCCCGGAAUGGGUCUCAUGUGGAGCAAGCAGGCACACCGCGUCACCAUGAAGGACAUCUUCCGGUCGAAUUGCAUGAUUCGGAUUUUCAUAGUGGUGUUCAUCCUUGUCAACAGCAUGCAGCUUUCUCUCAGCAUGUUCCCGGGGUCCGUCGAGAUGGACAAGCAUGGCUGGUGCGUUUCAAAUUCUCCAUUGACGUCACCGGGGCUCAAUGGUGCCCUUAUCUUCUUCUCGGUUUGGAGCUCCUUUGUCGGCAUGGCCGGCUUUGGCGUGGUUUCUGGCUCCAUCAGCUCAGUCCUUGACCUUCAACUCCGAAAAGAGGACGAGAUGGGCGAGGAGGCGGACGACACGCUGAUUCGCUUCUUCCGUGUGGCCUCGCAGUCCAAGACGGUGGCUGUUUACAUGCUUCUGCCACUGCUGUUGCCGAUCUUAUCUUGCUUUCCUAUGGGUUCCAAGGAGGUCUUGAUACCUGUACAAGGCGUCUCAGUCGUAAACCUUCAGAUGCGAAUCGAGAAGGAGACCACACUCAUGUGUCCUGUAUAUGAUCGAGAAGUUUGUGCACAUACCCUCUAUGGCAUGUUCGUGUCUUUGGGGAUGACUUUUGUAUCCAUCAGGAACUACCGCAUCUUUCGGCCAGCAGACAUCUCCCAUGAAAGGCUUUUGGAAGUCCUGGCAAGGUUGAAUCCUGUCGAGGAGACGCCCUCAGGCGGCGACUUAGAGUCAGACGAGACAUCGGAGUCAGCACGAGAAUGA